AUGCUGAUGCGGGCCAUGGACACUGGGGGCGCCAGCAACGCCGAGGACAACGACCUGCCUGCAACCAGCAUCAACCCCACUCCGGACAGAGGACAUAGUGGCAAUACACCUGGCCCUCAGACUGCUAACCCUGAGACUGAUUCCGAUGAUGAUGAUGAUGACGGCGAUGAGAAGCCCAGCCUAUCCACUGAUGCUGGUAAGCGGGCAAAGGCAGGGCGCCGCAUAGAUAUGUCUCUUGAAGAUCAGUCCUUGGAUUCGACCGUCCAGGGCAUGAGCGAUGACGACGAGUCUUCAAUUGACGAGGCAGAACGUUUAACUUCAGCCGACAAGUCUUCUCUCGACGACGUCAUUCACACCUAA